CUCCCGCAACAUAAACAAAACAUUCGGUGCGAGAUGAGUAACCAUGAUCUUGCACUUGAAGACGAGGUUCCUGUGGACGAUGGUACACAGCUGUAUUCUCACUGCUAUUUGUGCCACUCUCUGGUGCUCCAGGACGAAUUUUGUCAACUAUUCACCGAUCCGGACUUUUCCUCCCCGGCGAAGAUACUUGGAGGCGUUUUAGACAUAGCGAUAGUGCCAGACCUGUGCCACUCACUGAUCAUAUGUAAACAUUGUAAUACGCUGUGCUCAGAGUAUCAAUCGUUGAUCGAACGAAUGGAAACAAUUCAUGACCAAAUAACGGCGGCCUACAAUCAAACAGUGAUGAAGCUAACCGGUCUGACCGAGAAAGACAUUAAGGAUGGAUUGGUUGCCGUAGAGUACGAUGAUAACCUUGAUACGGAAUUUCAGACCUUCAACAAAGAGUUGAUGUUGAUGGAGGAUGUGUUUGGAGUGAGUGAGUUAAACUCGGAUAUAAUACAAGUUGAUCCAUCUACCGAAAGUUUACAAGAAUCGGUGGCUGAUUUGGAUCAAACUAGUUCUGAUGAAGUGGUAGAACACAGUGUGCAGUUUAUAAGUGCUGACGAACAUGGUACAACCCUGCUACCGACUAGUUCCGAUGAGAUGGUGGAGAACAGCGUCCAUCCAGAGGAACUCACUGGAGAAGAAACUCUACAGCGCUUUAUACUCGGUUCGGAUGAAACAAUUGUUGAAGUGGAUGCUGAAGACGGUACAUCAAUCUAUUGCGUCUAUGGUGAAGGUAUUGAAUCAGUCAGCGAACCGGAAGAGCAACCUGAAACAGUGACAAGGAGGAUGCUCGACAGGACAGAUAGUAUAUCGGAACAAAAUGCAGUUGCUGCUGAUAGUGCAUCUCUAGCAAGCGAUAGUGGAACGAACCUGAUUGAUGAAGUUAUAUCUGCUUCUUCACUACUGUUGAAAGAGGUAGAUGCCACUGGAACAGGAUCUCCAGCACCAUCCGAGGCAGACGAUUUACGGCCGUACUAUAUCAAACUUGAAAAUCGCUAUUACUGUACACUCUGUUCAUCGGACGAGACGACGGUUACGACGAGUGGCAUCAAACUGAUGGCGGAACAUUUGAAAGAAGCGCACAAUCAACCAUUAGACAGCUGCGAACUUUGUGAUGAAAUGUUCUACCAGCGUACAGAUUAUUUGGAACACAUAGCUCAACAUACCAACGAAAAGGGAAAUAUACGGAAUGAGCUACUAAACUGUGACCUGUGCGAUGCAACGUUCGCCAACCAGGAUGCACUUGAACAGCACCGAAAAACGCACUCGACCGAGAAGAAUAAGGCAUGGAACUGUGAGCUAUGUGACAAAAAGUACACGUCGAAAGCGUUCCUUCAGGUGCACAUGAACAAGCACGCCGGCAUACGGCCGUACAAGUGUACUCUGUGUACGAAAGAUUUCAGCUCCAAGUAUGCGCUGGCGGUUCACCUGAAAACACACUACGAGCGUCCCCGAACGUUCGUUUGCAAUGAGUGCGGUAGCGCGUUCUACAGUCGUCACAAUUUGGUCCAGCACGAGCGGACCCAUCGGGCGGAGCGGGCGUUUGAGUGUGGCGAUUGUGGGAAGAAAUUUUUUACGCAACACAAUUUGAACGUGCACAAGGUAAUUCACAGCACCAAUAAGGCGUUUGCAUGCCGGCAGUGUGGGAAAAAAUUUGCCCGGAAAGCUGAAGUACGAGACCAUGAGCGUACCCAUACUGGUGAGAAGCCGUUUGUGUGCGAUAUGUGCGAUUUAGCCUUUGCACAACGAUCCAACCUUAACUCUCACAAGCGAUUGACGCAUUUCAACGACAAACGGUACAAAUGUGACCUAUGUGGUGCGUCGUUCAAACGGCGCCGAUUGCUCGUCUAUCAUACCCGUGCGAUGCACACGGGCGAACGGCCAUUCAAAUGUGAUCUGUGUCCCGCUUCGUUCGUGUAUCCGGAACACUUCCAGAAGCACAAGCGCAUACACACCGGCAUUAAACCGUACGCGUGUGAGGUGUGCCAUAAAACGUUCACCAGUCAGGAUAAUCGGAACGCGCAUCGUUAUGUGCACAGCGAUAAGAAACCGUACGAAUGUGUUACGUGCGGUGCCGGGUUUAUGCGCAAAACGCAACUCUACACGCACAUGCAGGAGAUGGAACAUUUGAAUGACACGAUCGUGGUCAAUCAGCCACGCAUUAGUGCGAACGAUUUGCUCGAGUUCGAAACGGAAUCGCUGGUGGUCGAUGGUCAAGCGGAUGGUGAGCAAACCCAGGAAGGUUCGGACGACGAACAGUCACAGAUCGCGUACAUGUGCGAUGGAGAGUAUGAGGAUGGUUUGUCAGAGAUAGAAUAGCACUGCCUUCAGUAUGGAUAGAGUGAUCUGGAUGAAAUUCAUCCUAAUUGUCUUAUUUUAUGCAUUAAGUCUUGCAAUUAAGGUAUGUUAGUAGAUUAGAUUUAUUGUGUGGUGAAGAUUCCAUUG